CUCACAAUGCAGUCCAUCUUGAGAGCAACAACCCGUUCGCGGCACUCAAGCAUUCUCUUACGCCAGUCGUCUAUGUCCGGGGCUUGGGCUAGGCCACAGAAUUUGCGAACUCUCGUUACUAAAAGAUACACAAUCGAACACGAAGCCGUUACUUUCGAUGAUUCUACUGGCAUUGGCACUGUCUCAAUCACGGACCACGCCCAGUCUUCCCUCGGGGACGUUGUUUUUGUGGAGCUCCCCGCAUUGGGCACCGAGGUUAAACAAGGAGACCAAAUUGGUGCCGUGGAAAGCGUAAAAGCUGCUUCCGAUAUCUACGCACCUGUGUCGGGAACAAUCGAAGAAAUCAACGAGACGCUGUCGUCGGAACCUGGGUUGUUGAACAAAUCUCCAGAGGACAAAGGCUGGCUCUGCAAAAUCAAACUCCAUGAUCCUUCAGAGGUGGACAAACUCCUAACUGAAGAAAAAUAUCACGCCAGUUACGAGUCAUGAGAAAUAGAUCGGCAUUACAUAGUCCACAAGAAUGUGAAUGUGAACAGUGGAACAUCUUCCGGAAUCUU